AUGGCUCUGCGGCGGCGGUUGCAGUCCCCCGGGCGUGCCGGUUCGAGAUAUUCAAAGAACAUUAUAGGAAGAACACAGUCCACGAAAGAUAAAACUGACAAGAAGACCAAGUCUCCAGAUGUGUUUGAUUUUCCCGAUAAUUCUGAUACCUCAAGCAUUGGCAGGCUGAGUGAAAAUGAGCAAGAUGAAGAACCUUAUGAAACCUUUGCUCCUCCUUUGCACAGCACUGCUAUAUAUGCCGAUGAAGAAGAACUCUCCAAACACUGCAGAUCAUCUGUCCCUUCAACUUCUCAAGGAAAAGAAGCAGAAAGAAAUUUGAACACUUCUGAAAAUGAAGAAAGUGAAAAUGAAUCUGUAAAAGCGAGUGCAAAAAAGCCAGGAAGAAAACCUAAGCCCAUUGACGAAUCUGAAAGCACCGAAGAAAGUGAUGUAAGAAGAAAAGUUAAACCAGCAGAGAAAAUAAGUACACAACAACAUGAAUCUAUUUCAGCUACAGCAUCUUCAGAGCUUUCAGUAAAACCAGCUGAAUCAGUCACUCCUAAAAAAAUAGGACCCCCUCGUGCAAAAUCCUCUGUUGAAAAAGAGACUGUAGCAAAAAAAAAAAAAAAAAGUCAACAGAAAGCUCAGAAAAAGAAGAUGUCUCAUGGCAAAAAGAAGAACUCAAGAAGUGAAGGUGUAGACUCAGAUAGUGAUGUUUCCGACUGUGUGCAUAUUUGGUGUGAAGAAGGAAAGAAAACUGGUGACAUCACGGAGUUGGGUGUUAUUUUGUCUGCAUUUGAGAAGACCAUCCUAGAGUAUAAACAAAGAAUACAAUCUAAAAUUUGUACGGAGGCCAUCAACAAAUUUUACUCUAAUAUUAAAGAAGAACUCAUCAAAUUGCUUAAAGAAGUGCAGAUGUUGAAAAAUCUGAAAAGGAAGAAUGCUAAGAUGAUUUCAGAUAUCGAAAAGAAAAGGCAACGUUUGAUUGAAGUCCAGGAUGAACUACUUCGGUUAGAACCACAGCUGGAACAGCUACAAACAAAAUAUGAUGAACUUAAAGAGAGAAAAUCUUCACUUAGGACUGCAGCAUAUUUCUUGUCUAAUUUAAAACAGCUUCAGCAGGAUUAUUCAGAUGUUCAAGAAAAAGAACCAAAUGUCAAGGAAACGUAUGAUUCAUCCAGCCUUCCAGCUUUGUUAUUAAAAGCAAGAAGCCUUUUGCGAGCGGAAAACCAUCUGCAAAAUAUCAACCAUCAUUUAGAGAAGCUCCUUGACCAGGAAUGAGGAGACCAGUCUACUAAGAUAUGCCUCUGUAAGAUUAGUCUCAAGAUAAUGUCUCUUAUUUUCUGCACCUGUACUUUUAUAAAUAAAAAUAAGGGUGGGAGGGAAUUUACUUCAGUUCUCCAAGUUGAACAUUUCCUUUUAUUACAGCAAUAUUCAGAUAUGUGAGAACAUAAGUAUGGCCUAGUCACCAUACUUUAUUACUUUGUCACUCAUAUGUCUCUGACAAUGUUAAAUAACAUCAGUUUGAUUGUAGAAAAAAUAGUUGGAGUCCAGAAUCAUCUUUCCUGGUCAUUGUCUUGAGUAAGGUUUUAAAUGUUGAUAUCUUAUCCCUAUCCUCAUCAGCCCCAGACAUAUGUAAGUAAAAAAUAAUUAGAAAACAAUGUCAUAAAACUUGGUUGAUGUAACAGGUUUAAUAAUAAGUUAA